AUGGCUCUGUUUCUCAGCCGAAUCUCAAAGCUUUCUGCUUGCAGGGUCAGUAAUGCUCGCUUGUUCUCAUCACUGCCCGAGUCUCCUUACUUAUUUCUGUGUGGUAAGGUGAAAGAGCCUUCUGAGAGCGGAAAAGUCGUAAAGCACAAGUUAUUCGAUCCUCGGACGGAGACAACGGUGAAGAGCAGCGAGAAAACGUAUCCCAAGGAGAUCGAUGGAGAGGCUCUAGUGGGAGCAUCGCAAGGAUGGGUUGUUUGUGUGAGCAAGAAGGAUUCUUCAUUACAUCUCACUGAUCUGUUCAAGCCAUGGGUCUCAUCACCAAAAGUCAUGUCCUUGCCUGCUCUUGACUUCUCCCCUCGUGUUGGUCUGAAACAGGUAUCUCUCUCGUCUUCUUCUCCUGACGAAGACGACUGUGUCGUGGCUGCAAAGUUCGACAAGUCUUAUCUGAGUGUCUGCAGGCCUAACUGUGACUCAACGUGGACUCAUUUCGAAACCCCUUUCCAACUUUUGCAAGCCUCGGAUCUCAUGUAUUCAAAAAGAGACGACGCUUUCUACUUUGCGAGUGACAAGGGUCUCUACAUGGGUUCUUUGAAUCUAAGCAACUACAAGCUCAAGUAUCAACAUCUGAGGUUCUGUAACCUGCCAAUGAUCCCAGAGGCCGAGUGGGAGAUUUUGGAUGCAUGUUUCAUGACCAAACACUUUGUGGAAUCCCCCUCCGGUGAAUUUUUCUAUGUCAAGUGGUACAGCCAGUGUUUGCACUGGGAGAACAUUGACAAGGAAGUGGAAAGUGUCCAUAGCGAAACAAGGAGAUUCAUGGUGUUUAGAGAAGAUGAGAAGAGCAGAGGCCUAUGCUACACUGAAGAUAUUGGAGAUCUAUGCAUCUUCCUUGGCAAGGGUGAAGCUUUCUGUCUCUCCGCGAGCAUGUACCCGGGACUGAGGCCUAACUCCAUCUAUUACAUGGGGCCGGGACUUGGUUGUUAUCAUAUUGGCUCUGGUACUGUUCGUACCUACAAUCCCCCUGGUACUCCCAAUGGCAUCAGUGCGCCCUUCUGGAUUCAUCCCACUGACCCCAUAUGCGCCCUUCUCGAUUCAUCCAUCUCUGCUUGA